AAUUUGUAUGUUGAAUGACCAUUUACUUCAAGCAAAAAUUGUUUUACCUCCAGAAGCACCAAUUUCUGAAAUUUGUAAUUAUUGUAAUUGGACAAAUUCUGAAUUAAAAUCUAUAUUAACUAAUGCCUAUGUAAAUGCUACUCAAAUGAAACUUUCCUGUGUUAAUGGAUAUCCUGGUUAUGGAAGUAAAGCUUUAAUUCAAAAUCUUGGCUCAAAUUAUCCAAGUUUUCUGCAAUAUUCUUAUGGAAAAGAAGCAAAUCCAAAAGUAGAAGUCUUUCAAGAUGUCAAAACAACUUUCUUUUUAAUUUUGGCUAUUUACUUUCCAGCAGUUACGGGAAUACUUACAGGAACAAAUAUGAGUGGUGAUUUGGCUAAUCCACAAAAAUCGAUUCCUGGAGGAACUAUUGCAGCACAAUUGACAACUUCUUUUAUUUAUUUUUCUUUGGCCCUUGUAUUUGGUGCAGCAAUAAGUCCAGAAUUGUUAAGGGAUAAAUACGGCCAAUCUCUACAUGGUGGAAUGGUUGUUGCCUCUCUCGCAUGGCCGAGCGAGUGGGUACUUCUAAUAGGCUCUUUCCUAUCGACAUUUGGUGCUGCUCUACAAUGCCUUUGCAGUGCUCCCCGUCUUUUACAAAGUAUUGCAAAGGACGACGUUAUCCCUUUUCUACAACCUUUUUCGAAAGUUACAAAAAAGAACGAGCCUUUCUAUGGUUUAAUAAUAACAACAUUUAUCGCUGAAUUGGGAAUCUUAAUGGGAGCAAUGGACAAUAUUGCUGCUGUUGUAGAUUUUUUCUUUUUGAUGUGUUAUGCCUUUGUUAACAUCAUUUGUGCACUUCACUCAAUACUUGGAGCACCGAAUUGGCGACCAAGAUAUGUUUAUUACCAUUGGUCUUUAUCGCUACUUGGUGCUGCUUUAUGUUUCUUCAUUAUGUUUAGCACUCAUUGGGACUAUUCAAUUUUAUCUAUCCUUCUUUGCGUAAUAAUUUACAAAUAUGUUCAAUGGAAAGGUGCAAAAAAGGAAUGGGGUGAUGGUAUUCGCGGUUUGGCUCUAACAACAGCUCAGUAUAGUUUAAUGCAAAUUUCUGAAAAGGAUCCUCAUCCUAAAAAUUGGAGGCCCCAACUUCUUAUUCUUCAUUCAAUGCCUUGGUCAAAAGAAUUGGUUGAUGUUCGAUAUUUAAACUUGCUCAAUUUUGCGGCACAAAUGAAAGCAGGGAAGGGUCUUACAAUGGUCGUCUCUUUUCUUCGAGGUAAUCCUAGCAAUGAGGAAGAUAUGAAAGCAGCACAACAAGUAAAAACUAGAAUGGAGAAUGAUAUGCAGCAAUUAAGAUUAAGAGGGUUUGCUAAAACAUUGCUAUAUGAUGAAGAUCAGAUAGGAGGAAGUGUUAAUGCUUUAAUUCAAAGUAUUGGAAUUGGUGGACUUAAACCAAACACUCUUUUGCUUAGUUGGCCGACUCGAGAACCGUCAGAGGAUCAAGUCGUCGAUUCGGAAUAUCAAACAUUCACAGACAAACUUUUGGCUGGUGCAGUUAGCGGAAUGGCACUUGUUGUUGCUAAGGGCAUUACUGACUUUCCCAACAAUGUAAAGCUAAAUGGUCAUUUGGAUGUUUAUUGGAUUGUUAGAGAUGGGGGUCUUUGCCUUCUAAUAACAUUUUUGUUGAGGCAAAGCAAAGUUUGGCGGCACUGUAAAAUUAGAAUUAUUGCUGUUGCUCGGCAACAAGAGAAUAGUACAAAAUUAAAGCAACAAUUACAAACUUAUGUUUAUCAAUUACGUAUUGAUGCUGAAAUUUUGGUAACUGAGCUUAGUGACCCAGAACUUUCAAAAACAGCUUUUGAAAGGACACUUUUGAUGGAAGAAAGGUCGAAGAUGUUGAAACAAAUGCAACGUAGAGGAAUUGCAAAUAACCGUCAAUUGAAUGAACCUGGAGGUGAUUCUGAUGACAGAGCUCUACCUAAUUCUUCACCUCAAGCUGAAGAUACAUCUUCUAGCAAUGACUCUUCCCAGAAAGAACAGCCACUUGAGAAUAAUGAAGAAAUUGGAGACAAAGUUUCUGAUAACGAUGAAGGUGAUGGACAAAACAGGAAAGAAAGUACUCAUUAUCUCCCGCGACAACCUUCACUUCCCUUCACGGAAAUGGAUGGCGAGAAACAAAAACGAUUAAAGGCCUUGGACCGGAAAAAGGUUCAUAAAAUGCAUGGGGCAAUUCGUCUCAACGAGCUUAUUUUGGAACAUUCCAAUGAAAGCCAACUUGUUCUAUUUUCUUUACCAAAACCACCUACACACAAAGACGAUGUCGAUGAUUAUAUUCAUUAUUUAGAAGUAAUUUCCGACAAACUUCAGCGGGUACUUUUCGUUAGGGGGACUGGUGCUGAAGUUAUAACAACAAGUUCUUAG